UGAUAGAAAAAAAUCAAUUCUUUUGUUGUUGUUUUUGUUUUUGUUAUUUUCUUUUUUGUUGUUGUGGCGGUGGUGGGUGGAUUUUUACUUUUCUUCUAAAAAUUCCUUAAACAAAUUAAUUUUUCGUUUCCUAAAUGUUAUUUCAAUUUAGGUAUGUUUGUUGGUGUUUAACAUGUAAUUUUCAAAUAAUGAUUUUCAAUCGAUUCAAUAGAUUUUAUGAAUUUUUUAAACGACAAAAUCAUCGUCAAAUACGAUUAUUAUUGGCGAUAACGAUGAUUUUAUUGAUGAUAUUUUAUUUUUACAAUAGUAAUCAUAAUCGUUCAUCAUCAGGAGGAUUAUCAUCCGAUGAUAAUAAUCAUCAUCAAUCAUGGUUAUCAUCAAUAAAUCAUUUUGAUGAUAAUCUUGAUUUAAUUAGAAAUAAACUACAAUAUGCUGUGAUGAUUGAUGCCGGUUCAAGUGGUAGUCGUGUUUAUAUAUAUGUUUGGCCACCACAUUCAGGUGAUAUGAGACAAUUGCUCAAAAUACGUAUGUUACGUGAUCAAUUAGGUAAUGAUGUUUAUCAUACAAUAACACCUGGAUUAUCAUCAUGUUCAUCAAAUGUUUCAUCAUCUUCGAUUUAUAUGGAACCAUUAUUAGAAUUUGCAUCAAAACAUAUACCAAAAAUAAAACAUAAAGAAACACCACUUUAUAUAAUGGCAACAGCCGGUAUGCGUUUAUUAGAUUUACAAACGCAGAAUGCUAUUUUGGAAAAUUUACGGCAAGAAAUACCGAAAAAAUUUGCAUUUUUAUUCACUGCAAAUAAUGUUGCUGUUAUUAGUGGUAAAGAAGAAGGUCUUUAUUCAUGGAUAACAUUAAAUUAUCUGCUUGGUCGUUUUGAUCAUACAAUGGAAACACGACCAUUAAUAACAAUCGAAAACAAUGAUAAACAAUGGAAACGUAUGAAUACUGUUAAUAUGUUUGAAAUGGGUGGUGCAAGCAUACAGAUUGCAUUUGAAAUAACUAAAAAUUCACAAUACGAACAAUUGAAAUCAAUGUUUUCGAAAGAAAAAUUUUCGGAAAAAUUAUUUGAAAUUAAUCUUGGCUGUCAUGAACAUGAUUAUAAUCAUCAAUAUCGUUUAUUUGUAACAACAUUUUUAUCAUUAGGUGCAAAUUCUGCACGUAAAAAUUAUAUUGAUUUUCUAAUUAAACAAUCCAAUGAUUUGAAAUAUCAUAAUAGUAGUCUGACAACCAAAGAAACAAUUCUAUUUGAUCCAUGUUUAUCGAUUGAUAGUUCAGAAACGGUAAAUUAUACCAUGGCGAAUCAUCCUAGUCAUUCAUUAUCAUCGUCAACUUCGACCACACAAUAUUUAUAUCAUCUUAAAGGUAGUGGUGAAUUUGAUAAUUGUGUGGAAAAAUUAUCAAAAAUCAUUGCGAAUAAUCAAUGUUUACCUGAUCAAAAUCAGAAUAAUACCAUCAGCAAAGCAUGUCCAUUUGAAGAAUUGAAAAAUAUUAUCCUACCAUUUUCAAAUGAAGAAGAUUUUUAUGGUCUUUCUGAAUUUUGGUAUUCAAUGAAUGAUAUAUUUCAUUCGGGUGGCCAAUAUAAUUCCGAUGAAUUUUCAAAAUUAUCAAAAAAAUAUUGUUCAACAAGUUGGCUAGUUACACAAGAUCGUUAUCGUAGAAAACUUUAUCCAAUGGCCGAUUUUAAACGUUUAUUAUAUCAAUGUUUUAAAUCAUCAUGGAUAUUUACAAUAUUACAUUCAGGUUUUCGUAUGCCUCGAAAUUAUCAAAAAUUUCGAUCAAUUUCAAUGUUAAAUGAUGAACCAGUACAAUGGACAUUAGGUGCAUUAAUAUUUCGAACAAGAUUUUUCCCGUUGAGAACAUUAGAUCAACAACAUGGUGUUAUGAGUGAACAUGUUGUUAAUCUUCAUGAAUCAACAACAAUAAAUUUCUAUUUACAAUAUUUAUUGUUUACAUUAUGUAUGUUGGCCGUUAUAUUCUGUAUCAUUUUAUAUUUACAUCGUUUACAAUCAAUGUUAAAUAAUAAUAAUAAUAGUAAUGAUGGUUCGGUUUGUAAUAAUAAUAAUAAUUAUAAACAAUUUUAUAAUACAAAAAAAUCAUUACAUGAAACAUAUCCAUUAUUUACAAACCACCAAGACGACGAUAAUCAUGAAGAUAUUAACGAUAAAUUAUAUCGUAAACAGCAACCGCAAGUAUUUAUCGAUUUUGGAUAACCAUGGUUUAAAUCAGAAAAA